CUAGUCUACUGUGAUAAGUCAGGCUUUUCUCCUAGUGGUGUAAAUAAACAAUUGCAAAUAUAUCAGAUGGUUAGUAUUGAGAAGAAUAUCUUGAUGAAAACAUGAAGUUGACCAACAUGUAAUUUGGAUUUUAUAUCGAGAUAAGCUGUUUGAAAAUUACGAAGAAAUGACAAAAGCUACAGCAAUGUACAUGCUUGUCGCUGUGAUCUUCUCAAGUCUGCUCCAUCAAUAUGCGCGAGCCGAGGAGGGGAAGUUUUAUGGCGGAUCAAUGAGCUAUACAAUGGAGAAACAAACUGACGGAACAAAUCUGGUGAUCAUUGAGCUUAUCACAGGAUGGGUACUAGGCAAAGGUCCAUGCGGUCCGGGUUGUAACAGCAAUGAUAUCGGUAGAUCUACACGCUCAACAAGACAGUUAAUGACGAAACGCUAUUCAGACUAUCUGGGGACCUACACGUCAGAUUAUUUAAACAAGGCCACAAGUAAAACGGAAACUCACGAUAUUAAUGCGCAAGUUCUCUCAACCUACGAUGAAACUGUGUUAGCCGUCAGUGAAAAAGGGAGAUGGGAACAGGAACUUCUUCAUUUUAACUUCAUCAUGCCAGCUGGAGUGGAAAAACUAGAUGUCAAUUUUGACGGAAAACCAUGGAGAACAUUGACAUUACAAAAGGGAACUGGUAGAUGGCAUUUUCAAACAACUGUAUCAACAGCUCUGCGUAGUGAUACCGGAAAAACUAACAAGAGUCCUCGGUCUUUGGCAAAGCCAUUCUAUAGAGUAAAAUUAGGUAUCAGAACAGAAAUACGCAUUCCAGCCGUUGACGCUGAUGGAGACUUUAUCAAAUGUGAACUAGCAAAAUAUGUUGAGGGAGGUUAUAUUGCAAUCCAUCCGCCACCGAAUGUACAAGUUUUCGAAAACUGUAGCGUACAUAUCAACGCGUUUGAGUCCGAUGGUUACACGGAUGACUCAUGGGUUGCCGUGCCAGUCAGUAUCAGGGACUUCAACAAGGAGAAGAUUGUUUAUGGCACGGAUGAUUAUAUGCCGGCUAAAUUUUCAAUGAGUGCAACUGCAGUGCAGUUUGUUGUGCAAGUGUUAGCUAAUUUGAUCACACCAGAAUUUGUUGAACCAACACUUGAAGGCAAUCAUAUAUUCAUUAUGUAUGCUGACACUACUUGGAGGACAAAAAUAUAUGCCAAGGCUCCAGAAAAUACCACCCUUGAGGCUUUCACGGCAUUUGGGAUUCAACGUGAAACAUUGAAAUUGUCUCCGUUAAAACAAGAUACGAAACGGCCACAAGUAAAGUAUGCAAUAAUGUCUUGGAAACCAUCUCUUGGUGAAAUUGGGAGACAUAUAGCAUGCGUCAGUGCAAGUGAUAGUACUGGGGUGGAUUCGGCAGAGGAAAGGUGCUUCAUCUUGGAAGUUCAAGUUGAUGCAUUCAACCAUACCACAAAAGUUACUGCGGGGAAGCCCUAUUUUGUCGACAUACCAUCACCGGAUCAGUUUGUGAACUGCAAAAUACAUGCGACAUGCGUUGUUGCUAUAUAUGUCAAAUCAACGGUUGAGGUUGUAGACAUACAUGUGACUGACAGCUUCAUUGACAAGUACAAGCUAAGUCCAAUACAGACUGUUACACAUAAAGGGGAACCAAUGUAUCAAACAGAUCUUUAUUUUGAGCACUCGUUACACGGAAAAGAAAAUAUCUGCUUCAUGGCGAAAGACAAAAAUGGAGGCGAAAGCGAGAAUGUUUGCAUUCAGAGCAAAAUAGAACCACCUGAUCCUUGCGUAUCUGCACCAUGCUUGAAUUCAGCUACCUGUAAAAGGGACGAAGAUACAGGAGGUUUUAUAUGUCUCUGUUUGUCUGGAUUUUCGGGGAAAACGUGUGAGAAGAAGGAAGAUAAAUGUAAACCAGAUCCAUGUGUUCAAGAACAUUCUGUAAAAUGUCUCAAUUUGGCCGGCAUUUUGUGUUAUUGUAAACCUGGAUUUACUGGAGAUAUUUGCGACAAAAAUAUUGACGACUGUCAUGCUAAUGCAUGUAACGGGCAUGGUAGCUGCAAGGACAAGGUUAAUGGGUUUGACUGCGAAUGUUUCUCACGCUAUAGUGGAACACAUUGUGAAAAUGAUAAAUGCUCAACACAAGCUGCCGGAAUCAUGAGUUGCCCCGCAGAUGGUUGUAGCCCUAACCCUUGUCAAGGAGGGGGAGUAUGUUUGCAAGGAGGCAGAUGUUCUUGUCCCUACGGAUAUAGUGGAGACAGAUGUGAAACUGGGACAUGUGACAUAUCAGGAUCUGUCACCGGUGUGGAUAUCAUUUCUCCUUCAUCGGAUGAUGGAAGUAAGAUAAUAUGUUAUACACAAGGUGAUACAAUCUCCUCAUGUAAAACACGAAUUUAUCUGGCAGUGAAAUCAGGAUCAAUGCCGAAAAUAACUAUUGAAACCACACGUGAGUUACAAAGCAACGUAAAUGCCGGACUAGUAGCGAAGUUGUCCGUUCUUCCCGGAAUUUCUACAAUGUAUUCGACAGAUGUAACAAUAAGUGGAAACUUUAACAGUACAAAAUCACAUUAUAUAUGUGUCCAUGCAACAGCUGGGGCCUCAACAUCAAAGGCAUGUUAUGAGCUCAGCUUUAUGCCGAAUCCUGAAAGUGACACCAAAACAUUGGCAUAUUUACAAAGAAAUGCAAGGAUACAAUUUGUUCAGCCGACUUUGAAAGACCAAAGCAGAAUAUUAUGCAAGAGUGGAGAGAAAUGCCAUGUUUUAUUGUACACAUCUAUCGCAUCUAGCCGGCCUGCCUGCGUACCAACAUCCACUGGUACUUCCGGAAGUUUCAUAGGAUGUGAUAAAGAUGAUAGAGACAACGAUGAAUAUGACCCUGACAGUAGUGCAAAAGCAGCCGACCCUUGUUGUGAAGACGUGAUUUCUUCAACUGCUGGCGUGACAGUAUUCAAAGCACAUCCACGUGGACCUACCUGUGUUACUGAGGCAUCGUACACAUUUGCAAGUGCUGGGGAAAAGGAUAUAUGUUUUCAGUCGGCAAAAACUGACUUUCAACAAGUCUGUUACAAAGUAGACAUAUAUGAUUCAACAUCAGAUCCUUGUUCCAGUUCACCAUGUUUAAACAAUGGCCACUGCUUUCACACGGAUGAUAACAACUUUAAAUGCAUCUGUGCUGAGAAUUACAAUGGGGAUAAGUGCGAGAAAGGGCCCUGCCAGCCGGCAGACAACCAUUGCCAAAACGGAGCCUAUUGUCAAACAAAUAAUGGAGUGGAUACAUGCAUCUGUAAGGCAGGAUAUUCCGGCCAAACUUGCAAUAAAGAUCCUUCAAGCUUGAACAAAUUAUCCGCUGAAUUCACAGACACAGCAAAACCGUCUGUGUUCUCUUGUGUCAUCCGUCAGAAAUGUAGCAUUGCCUUGCUCCUUACUGGACAGUCUGCUCAAAUACCGACGGUGUCUCCGGGAUAUGUUGAUUCUUCACUUUUACUGGAUGAAAUAGAGACUGUGGAUAGAUCACCAGUACAAAACAGCUAUCAGACUAAUAUAAAAUUAAAACCCUUAGAGUUAGGUGAGAAGGAUAUGUGCAUUCAAACGAAGGAUGUAAAUGGAGUAAACAAAGACGAACUUUGCUUCAAGGUCAAAGUUGUAUCUGACGUAAUUUCUAUAUACGGAUUCAAGGGUCGCCCCCACUUUAUUGAACCGAGUAUGCCUACCAAUACUGAGGUUGAGUGUCUGGCUGACCAACCAUGCCACGUGCUUUAUCACGUGACGCCUGGUACCGGAAAUGAAAAUGAAUGUAUAACAUUUCACCCUCAUCCACCGACAGAUUUUGUUAACUAUCAUCUGUUUUCUACAUGUGAGAACUGUAAUCCAGGGGGACCCGGUAACGGUAACUGUACAGUAGACGUUUCCGUGGUAAACACUGACGUUAACGCUGUGAGGCAUUUCUGCUUAUCCGUUGGCUUGAAAGGAUCAUCAGUCGAAGGUGAAAAUCGUUGUUUCAACGUAACAGUAAAAGAUCCAAGCACUGUUGGAAAGACAGGCUGUCAGAAUCUGGAGUGCAAGAAUGGCGGCUUCUGUGAUGGUCAUGAUCCAGCAAAACCUGUCUGCUUUUGUCCAAAGGGAUUUUCAGGCACCACUUGCGAAAAAGCUGAAGUUAACAGUUCAAUGACUAACGCGCAACAGACGUUCAUCGGAGAUUUUGCAAUUCCGACAGAGAUGAAAUGUGUUGUAACUCAGUCUUGUUCUAUACCGUUCCAAAUAAUUUCAAAACCAGGAAUUACGCCAUCUGUUUCUCUUGGAUUUAACGACCCACGUCUUGUUGCCGAGACACCAGAGUGGAAAAAACUUGGCAGUUCCAGCACAGAGUUUCAAGGUUAUGCAGUUGUUAAUCCUAACGCUGUUGGUGAUUUUCAAUUGUGUUUGCAAGCAAGUCUAAACAGCCUGACUGACGACGAGUUCUGUGUCAAGAUUGAAGUGAUCAAUGAAACUGUUGACAAGACAGACAAGACAAAACCAUAUUUUCUUCAACCAACAAUUGAAACUGAUUCAACCGUUGUAUGUGAAAUCAAAAAGUCUUGCCAUUUUGAUAUGCAUUUUACGAAGGGAGAUAUGUUCUCAUUUGUUGGCAAAUGCCCAACUUUAACUGAAACAAGUCCCAGUCCAGUUGAAGGUGUUCAUAUCUUUGAUGGUAAGGUACAAACCAAGGACUGUACUGCUGACGUAUCGUAUGUCCCUCCAUUAGCCGACGGCGAUCAUAAACUUUGUCUUCAAGUAGCAUUACCAGGGAAAAAAGGCGAGAACAGAUGCUACACAAUUAAAGUAGUAAACAACGUUAAGACGGAAGUGAUAUCGCCGUGUCGCUCAGUCACGUGCGAACACGAUGGUAAAUGUGUGGCAGAUUUUACGUCAACACCUGCGAAGUCGCCUUGUAUCUGCACGUCUGGUUUCGCCGGCACAGACUGUAAAACCGUUGUGGAUAAAAACAAAGAUUUACCCGGAAUUAUCAAUUUAAAUGGAACAUCAACAGGAAAUCAGCACUUCGAAAUUAAUUAUGCUAUCCCUACCGAUGUGCAUUGUGAAGAAAACACCGAAUGUUGCAUAAAUUCACCGUAUCAUGGGGAAGCUGACAAACCUCCAAAAAUCGGUUAUAAAGAUUCUAACUUGGUAACGCCAGUUCAGAAAGUGCUUCAGACCAGCAGCUCUGAUACGUCACUACACAUUGCUCAGACAUGCUUUAAGGGACCGAUAGGUUCUCAUAGGAUUUGCCAACAAACUACAACCAAAGGGACAGAGCAAGGAGUAAACAUCGACGAAGUUUGCACAAACAUUACAAUAGGGCCUAAAACGCACCAUUCUGGAACGACUGACCCAUAUUUUAAGACAAAUAUUCCUGAUGGGUCAAAAGUGUUAUGUCAGCCAAACACAGUUUGUCAUAAUACAGUUUUCACAGCUAAACAACCAGAUGGACAAUGUUCCCAAGUAAGAGAGUGUGGUAAUGGCGUACCUGGUGUACAUGUCUUCCAGACAAGCUUAAUCAAUGAUGUAUGUACAACGGAUGUAGCUGUCAAAACGGGCAACAGCGGAACCCUGGAUUUAUGCAUUUCCGCUGGAUCCGGUGGAGAAGAGAAACAUCUUAAGAUAGAAGUUGAAAGUAAAACUGGCUUCGGUCCUUGUCAGACACUCCAUUGCUUAAAUGGUGGAAGCUGUAUUGCAAAUCAGGCGACUAAUCCCAUUUGUCAUUGCCUAGCAGGAUACACGGGUUUGGUGUGCGCAACUGAUAUCGAUGACUGCAGUACCAAUCCUUGCAAAAAUGAUGCAACAUGUGUUGAUAAGGUCAACAAUUACACGUGCAACUGUGUUACCGGAUAUACUGGUCGUGACUGUGAAACAAAUAUCGAUGACUGCAGUACAAACCCUUGCAAAAAUGAUGCGACGUGUGUGGAUAAAGUCAACGAUUACCAGUGCAACUGCGUUAUUGGCUAUACUGGUCAUGACUGUGAGACAGAUAUCGAUGAGUGCAGUACAAAUCCUUGCAAACAUGGUGCAACGUGUGUGGACAAAGUCAACGAUUACAAGUGCAACUGCGUUAUUGGGUAUACUGGUCAUGACUGUGAGACAGAUAUCGAUGACUGCAGUACAAAUCCUUGCAAACAUGAUGCAACGUGUGUGGAUAAAGUCAACGGUUACGAGUGCAAGUGCGUUACUGGCUAUACUGGUCAUAACUGUGAGACAGAUAUCGAUGACUGCAGUACAAAUCCUUGCAAACAUGGUGCAAGGUGUGUGGAUAAAGUCAACGAUUACAAGUGCAACUGCGUUAUUGGGUAUACUGGUCAUGACUGUGACACAGAUAUCGAUGACUGCAGUACAAAUCCUUGCAAACAUGGUGCAAGGUGUGUGGAUAAAGUCAACGAUUACAAGUGCAACUGCGUUAUUGGGUAUACUGGUCAUGACUGUGAGACAGAUAUCGAUGACUGCAGUACAAAUCCUUGCAAACAUGAUGCAACGUGUGUGGAUAAAGUCAACAGUUACGAGUGCAAGUGCGUUACUGGCUAUACUGGUCAUAACUGUGAGACAGAUAUCGAUGACUGCAGUACAAAUCCUUGCAAACAUGGUGCAAGGUGUGUGGAUAAAGUCAACGAUUACAAGUGCAACUGCGUUAUUGGGUAUACUGGUCAUGACUGUGAGACAGAUAUCGAUGACUGCAGUACAAAUCCUUGCAAACAUGAUGCAACGUGUGUGGAUAAAGUCAACAGUUACGAGUGCAAGUGCGUUACUGGCUAUACUGGUCAUAACUGUGAGACAGAUAUCGAUGACUGCAGUACAAAUCCUUGCAAACAUGGUGCAAGGUGUGUGGAUAAAAUCAACGAUUACAAGUGCAACUGCGUUAUUGGGUAUACUGGUCAUGACUGUGAGACAGAUAUCGAUGACUGCAGUACUAAUCCGUGCAAACAUGAUGCAACGUGUGUGGAUAAAGUCAACGGUUACGAGUGCAAGUGCGUUACUGGCUAUACUGGUCAUAACUGUGAGACGGAUAUCGAUGACUGCAGUACAAAUCCUUGCAAACAUGAUGCAACGUGUGUGGAUAAAGUCAACAGUUACGAGUGCAAGUGCGUUACUGGCUAUACUGGUCAUAACUGUGAGACAGAUAUCGAUGACUGCAGUACAAAUCCUUGCAAACAUGGUGCAAGGUGUGUGGAUAAAAUCAACGAUUACAAGUGCAACUGCGUUAUUGGGUAUACUGGUCAUGACUGUGAGACAGAUAUCGAUGACUGCAGUACUAAUCCGUGCAAACAUGAUGCAACGUGUGUGGAUAAAGUCAACGGUUACGAGUGCAAGUGCGUUACUGGCUAUACUGGUCAUAACUGUGAGACGGAUAUCGAUGACUGCAGUACAAAUCCUUGCAAACAUGAUGCAACGUGUGUGGAUAAAGUCAACAGUUACGAGUGCAAGUGCGUUACUGGCUAUACUGGUCAUAACUGUGAGACAGAUAUCGAUGACUGCAGUUCAAAUCCUUGCAAACAUGAUGCAACGUGUGUGGAUAAAGUCAACAGUUACGAGUGCAAGUGCGUUACUGGCUAUACUGGUCAUAACUGUGAGACAGAUAUCGAUGACUGCAGUACAAAUCCUUGCAAACAUGGUGCAAGGUGUGUGGAUAAAAUCAACGAUUACAAGUGCAACUGCGUUAUUGGGUAUACUGGUCAUGACUGUGAGACAGAUAUCGAUGACUGCAGUACUAAUCCGUGCAAACAUGAUGCAACGUGUGUGGAUAAAGUCAACGGUUACGAGUGCAAGUGCGUUACUGGCUAUACUGGUCAUAACUGUGAGACGGAUAUCGAUGACUGCAGUACAAGUCCUUGCAAACAUGGUGCAACGUGUGUGGAUAAAGUCAACGAUUACAAGUGUAACUGCGUUAUUGGAUAUACUGGUCAUGACUGUGAGGAAGAUAUCGAUGACUGCAGUACAAAUCCUUGCAAAAAUAAUGCGACGUGUGUGGAUAAAGUCAACGAUUACCAGUGCAACUGCGUUAUUGGUUAUACUGGUCAUGACUGUGAGGAAGAUAUCGAUGACUGCAGCACAAAUCCUUGCAAACAUGAUGCAACGUGUGCGGAUAAAGUCAACGAUUACAAAUGCAACUGCGUUAUUGGGUAUACGGGUCAUGACUGUGAGACAGAUAUCGAUGACUGCAGUACAAAUCCUUGCAAACAUGGUGCAACGUGUGUGGAUAAAGUCAACGGUUACGAGUGCGACUGCGUUAUUGGUUAUACGGGUCAUGACUGCGAGACAGUUAUAACAACAACAACUGUCACAACAACGGAAACGACGACAGACUCAACAACAGUGACCACGAAGGCGUCGCCAACAACAAAAACGACGCCAUUGUCUACAGAGGCAACAACACCAACAACAACGGCGGCAACGUCACCGACGCCAAUGUCUUCAAAAGCAACACCAUCAACAACAACGGUGGCAACGUCACCGACGCCAAUUUCUUCAAAAGCAACACCACCAACAACAACGGCGGCAACUUCACCGACGCCAAUGUCUUCAAAAGCAACACCACCAACAACAACGGCGGCAACUUCACCGACGCCAAUGUCUUCAAAAGCAACACCACCAACAACAACGGCGGCAACGUCACCGACGCCAAUUUCUUCAAAAGCAACACCACCAACAACAACGGUGGCAACGUCACCGACGCCUAUGUCUUCAAAAGCAACAACGCCAAUAAUAACGGCGGCAACGGCGGCAACUUCACCGACGCCUAUGUCUUCAAAAGUAACACCACCAACAACAACGGCGGCAACGUCACCGACGCCAAUUUCUUCAAAAGCAACACCACCAACAACAACGGCGGCAACGUCACCGACGCCUAUAUCUUCAAAAGCAACACCGCCAAUAACAACGGCGGCAACGCCAACGACGCCAAUGUUUUCAAAAUCAACAACAACGACAAUAACGGCGGCAACGUCACCAACAACAACGGCGGUAACGCCACCGACAACAAAAACGACGCCAGUGUCUACCGAAGCAACAACACCAACAACAACGGCAACAACGUCAUCAACAAUAAAAGCGACGUCUGCAUUUACUUCAGCUACAGCACCAACAACUAAUCCUGCCACAAGGUCAACGACAGUCAAAUCUACGACACUGUCUACAUCAACAACUCCAUCGACAACAUGCCAUUGUGACCAUGGGCAGUGUCACUCAAAUCUUUGUGUAUGCUUUGAAGGUUGGUCUGGAAAGAAAUGCGAUAAUAGAGGUGGAUCGAGAACGCAUACUGGAAUUAAAACAGCGACUGAACCGUCCCCACCUGCGUUUACAGAGUACGUCAUCCCACAGAUAAUUCGAUGCAAGAUCAACAAGCCUUGUACUAUCAUCCUCCCGGUAGAUGGAAAACCCAGCCAUGGUCCUACAGUAGAACAUGGAGAUUACGAUCGCGAACUGAGAGUGACUACACCCAUCCAGGUUAAGAUUAAGGAUUCAACAUGUACUAGCGGGACAAGAUGUCCAUACGAAGCAUGGAUAACAGUGUCACCCCCUCAGAUAAAGCUGUAUAAAUACUGCGUACAAACAAAAGACUACCAACGUCUCAAUGCUGAUGAAUUGUGUUAUAAAAUUCAAGGAGUCCAGGAUGAGACAACCCCACCCGGAAUUUUCAACUACCCACCAACUUUGCCAGAAAAUUCAACAAUGAAUUGUUCGCAUGGACAGACAUGUCAUUACCAACUUGAAGUCAAGAAAACUAAGGCCGGACUCUGUGAUCCGAAUUUGAGCGUCGAACCAACUAGCUCUCCCGUUGCGGUGUUGCAGUCAAGUUCAACCAGUUCACCUUUUUGCAACUAUGAGGUUGUAUAUAUACCGCCAAAGAACUCGACUGGAAAACAGAACUUGUGUUUCUCUACAACUUCGUUUACACAGAAACACUGUAUGGUCGUUGAUGUUAAAGAUGACUGUGAUACUAAGAAAGCAAGUGAACAAGCGCGUGAGAUGGUUACUAAGGGUUAUGCGAGCUGUUUCUGUAUCGUGAACAGUAAGAAGGUUCAGAUUAUAAAGAAGCGCCCUGUUGUACAGAAAGGCAAACUCUUCAAGGCUGCAGGAUUUGGAGCUGGUGGUAUGGCGGGUACAAUGGUUCUGGGCGUGGCAGUUUACGCUCUCGUAAAUAAACUCCGCCAGCCAACAGAGAAGAAGAAGCCUCCUACGCCACGCCCACCGACACCGUCAACAGGAUUGGCUCGACCAAAACCACGCGUUCAUCCUCAACGGAGAACAUAAUCGAACAACUGAAAUUGGCGAACUAUGAUAUAAUGGACUGUGAUAUAUUUUAGACAUUACUUAAGUUUACAUACAGUUAUGAACUAGUUUAAAGUUUCAUGUGUCGCUGAACAGCAAAUAUCAAUAAAAAUGUUUAAAGUUUUUCAAACGUUUAUAUAUUUCAAAUAUAAAAAUACCAUCUUUUCAUCUGAAUGCAUAACAUUAAUUUCAAUGUGUCUACUUUUAUUUUUAAUGUUUUAUAAAUGCCGCGAUUUCUUUUAAUGUAAACCUUCUAACUAACAACUAGUAUCCGCUUUAGUAAAUGAGCAUCUAAAUUUUA